CCUCGCGAGAGUGCCAGCAGCGCGGCCGUUGGGCAGCGCGCAGUUGCACCAUAGGGCCACCGCGAACCCCGCCGCCGCGUUGCGCCGAGGCGGGCUGCGCCAUGCCGCUGCGCCGCAUCGUGUCGUUGAAAGUGCUCGACUGGUGGCCUCGCGAGCGCGCGGCGCCGCCGCCGGACCCCGUCUCCAUUGAUACGACCUACGCUUGCGCUGUUGAAUGUGACGACGCCGUCGCGCCGCUGGCGCGCCACCGCGCGCCGCCGACGCCGUGCGCGGCGCCGCGCGCGAAGAAGGGAUCACCCCCGAAGAAGACGCCCCUCGUCAAGCAGGCGAAGAGAUACGCUUCUCGCUUCUUCAAGCCGGAGAUGUCGCGCCAGCCCUUCGUGCCUGAUGACCUCGAGGUUUUGAGGGAGGUGGGCAGAGGGGCCUUCGGCCGCGUCUACGUGUCCCGAGUGAAGGGUGGCGGCGGCGCGUUGUUCGCCGUGAAGGUACUGAGGAAGGCCGAGGUGUUGAGAGGUGGCGGCGCGGAGUGCGCCUUCACGGAGCGAGCCUUGGGUGCUGAUUUAAGGCAUGCGGGAGUGGUCCGACUGCGGUGCGCCUUUCAAACCAAAAAAGCACUUUACUUAGUAUCGGACUACUACCCGGGCGGCUCGUUAGGUGAGUUGAGAAGGCCUCUUUCCGUUGAUCACGUACGAUUCUACGGCGCGGAGGUCGCGGCGGCCCUGGCCCACAUCCACGCGCGGGGCGUGGUCCAUCGCGAUUUAAAACCGGCAAACAUUUUACUCGAUAGAGAGGGCCACUGCGCCCUGGCGGACUUCGGGGUGGCGACGACGGGUAGUACUUUACGAGGAUUUAGAGGCACCGUGGCAUACAUGGCGCCCGAACUACUCCUCAAGACGGCCAAUUCGAAUGCGGAGAGCGACUGGUGGGCCUUUGGCUGUUGUUUAUAUGAAUUAACGACGGGUUCGACGCCGUUCUACGCGGACCAGCCGCGGGAGCUAUUUAAAAACAUCCUGCACGCUCCAUUUGUGAAAACAAACACGGAUGCCGCUUUGGACACGCUCUUGGAGGCGUUACUGGACAAGCAACCUGCGUCGCGGGCCGCCGAUUCGGAUGUGGCGACCUGCGCGUUCUUCUCCGCGAUUGAUUGGGACGACGCCGCGUCGAAGAGACUGACGCCGCCGAUCCAACCGUCUCUACCUUCGUAUGUGGAGGCUUCACAGGAUGGUUCUUUACGGUUCGUGGGCGACGCCUACCGGCCGAAGAAUUUACCGACUCCGAAACGCGUCACGUUCGACGAAGAAAACGAAAGUCCCUUCGCGAAGCGGUUGUCGGUCCGCGAGACCUACCAGCGCGAGAAGCGACACAGAAGGACCUUCCGCGGCUUCGCGCUGAACGCCGAAGUCGAUCUGGCGGCGUCGCCGCGGACCUUCGCGCGGACGACGACCCUCUGAGGGCGCUUUAUCCUAGCCUCCCGCGUUGCAUACGCCGUGCACGGCGGACCACGACUGUUAGCUUGGCUCAGGCCGGGCGUUUUAUUCUCUCCCCGCACGCGGCCCAACGUCGCGCGCGCAUAUUACUAACUGCUG